UUGACAGGGCCGUGGUGGAAGCAGUUCAUCGACUCGAUGUCAUCGUCGGCAACAAGACAGCGUACCGUGAGGUGUUCAAACCCGAAAACAUCAGCCUGAGGAACAGGCUGAGGGAGCUGUGUGUGAAGCUGAUGUUUCUCCACCCUGUGGACUACGGCCGAAAGGCUGAGGAGCUGCUUUGGAGGAAGGUUUACUACGAAGUCAUCCAGCUCAUCAAAACCAACAAAAAGCACAUCCACAGUCGGAGUGCCCUGGAGUGUGCCUACCGCACCCAUCUGAUCGCGGGCAUUGGCUUCUACCAGCACCUCCUGCUCUACAUCCAGUCGCACUACCAACUCGAGCUGCACGGCUCCAUCGACUGGACCCAUGUGACCGACCCUCUGAUAGGCCGGAGGAAGCUGGUCACUGCCUCAGUCAAGGAGAUGGAGUGGGCACAGAUGGCUUGCCACCGCUGCCUGAUGUACCUGGGCGACCUGGCGCGCUACCAGAACGAACUGGCAGGGGUCGACACCGAGCAGCUGGCCGAGAGGUUCUACUACCAGUCGCUGUCCGUCGCGCCGCAAGUGGGCAUGCCCUUUAACCAGCUCGGCACGUUGGCUGGGAGCAAACAUUACAACGUGGAGGCCACGUACUACUACCUCAGAUGCAUCCACUCCGAGGUGCCCUUUGAAGGCGCUUACGGUAACCUGAAACGCCUCUUCGACAAAGCCGCCAAGGCCUACCACCAGAUCCGCAGGACCGACGGCAAGAAGCUCUCCGUCAACAGGCAAAGGUCGAGGGAUAUUAAGCGGUUGCUGGUGAGCUUCAUGUACCUGCAGAGUCUCCUCCAGCCCAGGAACAGGCUCCAGACCGGGAAUCCAGACGAAGUCGAGACGACGGAGGUGGCGCCGAGGGAGCCAGAAGCGGCCGAGAAGGUGCAGAACGGGGCAGUGCCUGCGGCUGCCGCUGGCAAAGCCAAGGGCAAGAAGUACUCUCGGCUGGCUCAGCUGCGGCGGCGCCGUCAUGCCCGGCAGAAAGCGGAUGAGAGUGACCUCAGCGAAGGCUUUGACUCGGACCCCAGUGACGAGUCGGCCAAGGAGAGCGAGCGGUCCGACAGCGGGAGCGAGCGGAGCGACGAGGACGAGGCGGAGGACGAGGAGGACGACGAGGAAGACGAGGAAGCCGAGGCGGCCUUUGACCUGGAGUCCGAGUCGGACAUGAACAGCCAGGAGUCCCGCUCCGACUUGGAGGACAUGGUGGAGGAGGAGCCGGCUGGCGGGCGCCGCUCUGAGAGCGGGCCCGGUCCCUGGGGGUGCCAGGCCCGGGCUCCCGAUGCCCUCCCCGAGCCGGCCCUCACCAAUGGGCCCACCAGCGACAGUGACUCGGCCAUUGCCAGCAACCUGCAGGCCCUCUCCUCCCAGAUGUUCCAGGCCAAGCGGUGCUUUCGCCUGGCGCCCACCUUCAGCAACGUGGUGUCCAGGCCCCCGCUACCCCCCAGCGAUGGGGCACCCGUGGCCUCGCACCCCGAUAAACCCUGUGCCAACGGUGUGAUCCAGACUCCAGGUGCUCCUGAUCAUGACACUGGCUCCGAGUCAGACGCGAGCGAGUCGAGCAGCAAGUCGUUGCGGAAGGAGAAGAGCACGCUCGACAAGUUGAGGAUCCUGUCGCAGGAGGGUCUGCUGGUCACGGUCAAGGUCUUCCUGGAUUGGCUGCGGACCAACACUGACAUCAUCCUGACGUGUGCGCAGAGCUCCCAGAGCCUGUGGAAUCGCCUGUCCGUGCUGCUGAACAUGUUACCGGAAGGAAGCAAGAUGAGGGAGCCAGGUACGUUAGCGUCGUCGAAGUGGGGAGUGGGGUGGGGGGGAAACUUGUGGGGAGGAGACGCGCAGAAACACAUGUGCGCUGAGCCCAGAUCCCGCGACCCGCGGAGUGG